GAUAAUUUCAGCAUUUCCACUCAGUUUCGCAGGAGUAAUGGCGCACGGACUGAUCUGGAUUUCGGCUUUGCUUCUGUUCAUCGCCGUGAACCUGUCUAGUCAAACAAGCAUUAACCCUAAUUGGGAUCGAGGCUUUACUGGUGAAGAAACUAAGGAAGGUGUAUCGGUGACCUCCACUGCUCUUGGUGUAUUGAACAGCAAGCUCACGCAGAUCUUCUUCCCCGUGCUCUACAUCAUCGUCUUCAGUGUGGGCUUGCCCACCAAUGCCAUGGCCAUCUGGGUGUUUCUCUUUAGAACCAAGAAGAAGCACCCAUCAUCCAUUUUUAUGGCCAACCUAGCACUGGCCGACCUUCUCUUUGUAAUCUGGAUCCCUUUGAAAAUUGCUUAUCAUUUUAAUGGGAAUCAUUGGAUCUUCGGAGAAGCCUUGUGUAAAGUGCUAGUAGGAUUUUUCUACGGCAAUAUGUACUGUUCCACAGCUUUCAUCGCAUGCAUUAGCGUCCAGAGGUACUGGGCCAUUGUGCAUCCACUUUCCCAGCAGAAGAGGAACAACAGGUUGGCGGUGUGUGUGUCAGUGUGCGUGUGGCUGGUCGUGUGGGCUUUAACCGUGCCUCUGUAUCUUUACGACCAGACCGUGAAGGUCACCAACAUGGAUAUAGUCACCUGCCAUGAUGUCACUCGACCCAGCCAAUCACUUUACCCCUGCAUCUACUUCCUGACCAUGGGAGUUGUGGGAUUUGUAGUUCCCUGCCUAGUGUGUAUAGUGUCAAACGUGCAGAUGCUGCGCGCCCUGAAGAGCUCGAUGAAUGAUCCCAGCAUCGUUCAGAAGAGAAAAAAGGCUAUCAUCCUUAUUGUGACGGUGCUGGUGAUGUUUCUAGUGUGCUUCACGCCUAGUAACAUCAUGGUGAUGGUGCAUUACGCUCUGCUGUUUAAUGGAGUGAAGAACAGCGGUUAUGGUUUCUACAUCACCACGCUGUGCUUGGCCAGUCUGAACAGCUGUGUUGAUCCAUUCGUGUAUUAUUUUAUCUCGGAUGAAUUCAGGGAGCAUGUUAGAAACACUUUUCUUUGCCGAAGUGAGCGCACUGCCCAGAGAAUGCGAGUUUCUUUUAGUGCGCUGAAGUAUUCGAAGAAAAGCAGCACGUACACAUCAGACUCUGGAAACACACAGAGCAGUUCCUAUUGAGAGUGACUAGAGAGAGUGUGAACUGUUUUUAAAAUCUCAGGUGGAAAUUCUGAGCUUGUUUUGUAGUAUGCUUGAAAGGACCUGAGGGAUACGUUUCUGAAACAUGCACUGUCUGAAGGAAAAAUGAAUUAAUUAACCAAUAAAUGUCUUUUUCUAUGAUUUUUACCUCUGUUUUUAUAUUUACGCUGUGAAUAAUAUGCGUAAAUUUACUUAAUUUUUAUUUUGUGACCAUGUUUUUCGCCACAUUUUUUUAUGCUUUUGAGUUGCAUUAUGGAAUCGGAUUGCAUCCUUUUCCUCUAGGAAAGUAGCUUUUAUUAAAAUUUUUAACAGUUUACAUUGUACGAUGUUAUAAAUUAUGGUACAUAAACGGCACACUGUAAAAA